CAUCGUUCACACGUCGAACACUUCUUCCUACAGCGGAGAGAGUAAAGAACAACUUUUCUCCUCGUCAAUCAGAGCUUAGCUCCCCUCAGCGACAUAAUUGCUCAGUGCACUGGACCUGCUUGUCUAUAGCCUUCUCAUUGUGUUUAUUUGGAGUUCCCCUAGCGACAUUGUUGACAGUGAAGAAGGGAUUUUUACUUCAGAAGGAAUCAUUAUUUUGUGCUUAUCUGAAUUGAGGGGUAUUCUUUGUGGCACUGUUACAUGGAUGUUUCCCUCAAAAAGGCUGCUGACCACUGAGCUGUCCCAGCAGAGUGAGGAGCUGCCAGGGGACCUGCAGUCUCUAUCCUGGCUCACCACCGUGGACGUACACAGGCUGCAGCAGAUGGCCACAGGCAGACUGGCCUUCAACAACACAGAACCCCAGAGCAGCCCACUGGAGCUUCACCCAGGUUCAGACCAGCACAGAAACAUGAAUACAGCACUAGGACAUGACACCAUUGUCCCUCCCCAUAGCAACAUGCAGAACAGUUAUAUUGGAAUGAACUACCUCAACAAUCAAAAUGGAAAUAUGACAGGAGGAUGCCCAGGAAGUGGUAUGCCUGCCUCAGGAUACCAGUCCUCCCCAGCCCACUACUACCACUCCCCCCAGCAGGCCUACAGCCCAGCUCAGGCUGUCCAACAGCAUUCCCCCAGCAGCCUGUAUAACAGCCCCUCCUACCAUAGCCAAAACCUGUAUGAGCAGCAAGCAGGAGGCAUGAGCAUCACCAACCCCCACAGCAACCAGGAUCUCCUACAACAACCUAAUUCCUUCCCCAAACCUAUCUACUCCUACAGCUGCCUGAUUGCUAUGGCUCUGAAGAACAGCCGGACAGGCAGCCUCCCUGUCAGUGAGAUCUACUGCUUCAUGAAGGAGCACUUCCCUUACUUCAAGACGGCGCCUGACGGCUGGAAGAACUCUGUGAGACACAACCUGUCUCUGAAUAAGUGCUUUCAAAAGGAAGAGAACAAGCAAGGAGGCUCCUCCUCCACUCGUAAGGGCUGUCUGUGGGCCCUCAACCCAGCCAAGAUCAACAAGAUGGAGGAAGAGAUGCAGAAGUGGAAACGCAAGGACCUGACUGCCAUCCGCCGCAGCAUGGCCAACCCAGAUGAGCUGGACAGGCUGAUCACAGACCGACCGGAUGGCUGUCGGAGGAACCCUUGUGACCCCAGGAUGACGUGUGUCCCCUCUAGCCCCUGUGGUUCCCCUCUGUCUGGGCUUCUGCAGACAUCCCUCCCCUUCCAGGCCCAGAAUCCCACCCUGCUAGGAGACCCCAGCUCCCCUGUUCCCGCCCGGACCCCUCCCCUCCACGCGGUCCCAGACUACUCCCACACCCCCUUCAUCCAGCAGCAGCCCUACAGACAAGCCAACAACCACAGUCUGUACAGCCUCCACCCUGACGUCACAGCAGAUGUGGACGCUCUGGACACUAGUAUCAUGGAGUUUGCCGGGAGCCUAUGGGAGGGGGUGAGAGAGGAGGGCUUCAGCCUUGAGAGUAUGUUUAACCACUCUCCUCUGUGCCUGUCUGACUGUGAGCUGCCUGGCCCCACCACUGGACAGCCCCUGGUGGACCUACAGGUUUCAGGGCUGUACACCACCCUGGACCCGGCACCUGCUGUCCCCUUCCAGUACAUCACCACCACAGAGGCCGGGGGCCAAGCCGUCGCCCUGCUCUGACUUUGACUGUGAUACACUGAUAUACAGUGUAUUAAACACUGAUAUACACCAAGACAGACCACUACUGUUGAACCUGCAUGUCCCCACACCCACUGUAUGAGAAUCCUGAACAUUCUCCCACCUGACAGGAUGUCUUGCCUCUUUCAUGUCAGAGAUUUUUUUUUUUUUACUGAUUCCUGUUUCUCCACCAAAGCACUUAAGAAGCACCCAAAUCAGCUAGCAUAGACGUGUUUGAUUGGGCCUGUCAGAUUUUUAGAGUGAUGAGGAUACAGUGUUUUUGUGUGUGUGAUGGUUUAGAGGUAAAAUGCAAUGCCACUUUAUUUUUACAAGAGCUGGAGUCAAUGUUGUAAAGGUUGUCUUCUGUGAAGAUAUGUAAAAGGUUGUCGGGGAAACUCAUCUGUCAUCUAUUUCUUGUGGAGGAAAAGUCUUUACUAGCUUGUGCAAACAAUCCUUUUUUUGUUACCAGAUUUGACUGUGUUAUUGUAGCUCGAUAGUUUAUUUGUCGUACUAAAGUCCUACUAGGCAGGCAUUAUCUCAGCGUUUUCUGUUUUGUUCAUUUGUAUUUAUUUACUUUGCUCCUUGUAAACUGUCUAACAUGACUCUUAAAGCCAUGCCUUACAACAAUAAUUGUAUAUUGUAAUAUAGAGGACUUUAACAUGUUAAUGUAUUUUAGAAAUACUAAACAUUUUUAACUUAAGAUUAUUUAUGUAAAGGUAUUACAGACAUGUUAAAAGCCUCAGCAGAUUCACCUGUUUUAAACUGACAAUAGACUCCUGUGCCUACAAGGUGUUUCUCUAACUGUAAACAUUUUCAGAAU